AUGUUUUCUUUUAUUCUUUCUUUCUUUCUUUCUUUCUUUCUUUCUUUCUUUCUUUCUUUCAAAAAUAUUAUUAGUUAUCUUCCCGUGAAUUAUGCAUUUCUUCAGAGGAAAAUACGAUUCUUAACUCCUUUUAUGCUUCUUUAUUUUUUAUUCUUUCUAUUUCUUUCUUUCUUUCUACAAGGAAAAAGUUGUAGGCUUCUCGUCGAAAGUUAUGCAUUUCAUUUAAAUCAAUAUGUUCUUUUUCCCGAAAUGAUUACUUCUUUCUUUCUUCUUUUUUCCCUCUUCCUUUCUUUUCCUUUGCUUUCUUUUCUUACUUUUUUGUUUCUUUUCUUUUCUUUCUUCCAUUUUUCCUUUUUUUCUUUUCUUUUCGUUAUUUUCCUUUCUUUUCCUUUCUUUUCUUUUCCUUUCUUUUCCUUUCUUUCUUUCUUUCUUUUCUUUUCCUUUCUUUCUUUCUUUCUUUCUUUUCCUUUCUUCCUUUCAUUCCUUUUCUUUCUUUCUUUCUUCCUCUCUUUCUUUUCCUUUCUUCCUUUCAUUCCUUUUCUUUCUUUCUUCCUUUCUUUCUUUUCCUUUCUUCCUUUGUUUUCCUUUGUUCCUUUGGUUUCCUUUCUUUUCCUUUGUUCCUUUCUUUUUCUUUGUUUCUUUGUUUCUUUCUUUGUUUCCUUCUUUCUUUCUUUCUUAAAAAUGCUAGUUACGCAUUUCAUUGAAAUAAAUAUUUUCUUUCUAUCUCAUUCUCAAAUUUCUUCUCCUGUCUUUCUCUCUCUUAUGCAUUCUUUCUUUCUUUCUUUCUUCUUUCUUUCUUUCUUUCUUUCUUUAUUUAUUUAUUUAUUUCUACGAGAAAAUAUGUAG